GCGGUAAUGCCAACAUAAGUAGCAUAAUCAAUGUGAUAGUAGAGAGCUCCUCCUAUCAAGAAGUAACAAAAUGUCUGGUCCAGAAGUUCAUCACCUUUUCCAUCAUCCUAUCGCGGAUCAUUCCUUCUCGGCCGAUAGACAGACAUUGGCUGUGGCACGCGACACUAGUGUUGAGCUUUACGGACGAGAUGGUAAGGGAUUCAAGCUCAAGGACGAAUUGAAAGGUCAUGACAAGACUGUCACAAGUGUCGAUAUUGCUCCUAAGAGUGGCAGAAUUGUAACAUGUUCUCAAGGUUUGUAAAUAUUUCGGUUUCCGGUUUGAACUUAACAAUGCUAAUAUUAUCGGGCUAGACCGUAACGCUUUGGUCUGGGAACCAUCUCCCACUGGCUACAAACCGACUCUCGUUCUUCUUCGAAUCAACCGCGCUGCCACUUUUGUUCGAUGGUCUCCUUCCGAAACCAAGUUCGCCGUCGGGUCUGGUGCGAGAGUCAUUGCUAUCUGCUACUUCGAGGAGGAGAACGACUGGUGGGUCUCGAAACAUAUCAAGAAGCCUAUUCGUAGCACAAUCACAACUGUUGCAUGGCAUCCAAACUCUGUACUUCUAGCUGCAGGUUCUACCGAUGCUCAUGCGCGAGUUUUCUCGAGUUUCAUCAAAGGAGUAGACGCUCGGCCGGAACCUGGUGUCUGGGGAGAACGUCUACCCUUUAACACCGUCUGUGGAGAAUAUCUCAACAACUCUGCUGGAUGGGUUCAUGCAGUUUCGUUUUCGCCGAGUGGUAAUGCUCUGGCCUUCGCUGCACAUGACAGCAGCAUUACGGUCGUAUAUCCCAAUGGCGCAGACCAACCUCCAAAGGCUGUUGUCAGUGUUAGCACACAGCUUCUGCCUUUCAUGAGUUUGAUCUGGAACGGCGAAGCUGAGAUUAUUGCGGCAGGUUAUGAUUGUGAGGCAUUCCGAUUUGGUGGUAACGAAGGAGGUUGGCAACUCACAGGCUCUUUGGAGUCAAAGGGGGGCCCAGUCAAAGAUGUUGGGGAGGAGAGCGCUUUCAAUAUGUUCAAGCAAAUGGAUUUGAAGGGGAAAGUCAAGGACGAUACACAAUUGACAACUGUGCAUCAAAAUACCAUUAGCACCAUCCGUGUUUAUGAAGGUUCGGAAACUGGUGUUAGCAAAUUUACUAGUAAGUACUCUGAUAAUCUAGAUCUUUGGAGAGAGGCUAAUCUGUUUUAAGCGAGUGGUGUUGAUGGAAGAAUUGUCAUUUGGAACGCAUAGAAUAGACUUGAAUGGAAAAAUAGAAGAGUCUCAGGUCUUUUUGUACAAAAUUUCAGCAGGCAACUCCGUAGCUCUUUGCCGUUCCAUGCUUUCCAUGCAGAACUUUAGCUUAUUAAAUAUUAAAUUUCAAACAUACCAGA